AUGACAGAGGACAGUAAUCUGCCCCCACCGCUGCCUCCAAGGCUGGACUGGUUCGUGCACACCCAGAUGGGUCAGCUGGCCCAAGACGGGGUCCCCACGUGGUUUCACGGUGCCAUCUCCAGAGAAGCUGCCGAGAACUUGCUGGAGCCACAGCCACUGGGAUCCUUUCUCAUCAGGGUCAGCCACAGCCAUGUGGGCUACACGCUCUCCUACAAGGCCCACGGCUGCUGCCGUCACUUCAUGGUGAAACUCCUGGACGACGGAAGCAUUGUGAUUCCUGGGGAGAGGGUGACCCACGCCUCGCUGGAUGCCCUGGUCACCUUCCACCAGCAGGAACCUGUGCAGCCAUAUGGGGAGUUGCUGACCCAGCCCUGUGGGCAGGAGGAUCCAGCAAACGUGGACUAUGAGGAUCUAUUCCUUUACUCCAGUGCGUUGGCCGAGGAAGCCGCCAGCCUCGUCCAUGACCCCAGUGAGCACCAGGGGCUCUCCCCUUGUCUGAGAUCUGCACCUGGGAAGGCCUCCCCACACCCAGCCCUGCUGCACUGGCCAAAGGAAAGGAAGCCUUCAGCAGACAUGGACAGAACAUCCCCAGAGAAUGCCACUUCCUCCUGCCCCAAGAAAGCCCCUCUCGGGGACACCCGCCAAAAACUCUGGAAGAACCUCAAGACACUCCCCCAAAUGGGCAAGAGGGUCCAGAAGCAGCUGAAAUCCCACCUAGAGGCCAUGAGCUUGCUCUUGGACACCCAGGUGUCCACAGUAACCCAUGGCUCAGGAGCUGGGGCAAGCAGCCAUCAGGAUGCAGAUCCUUCUACCCACCCCUCUGGGGGUGCUCAGGCACCCCACUCGUCCCCCAGAGACAGAAAUGCCCUUUCCAGGGAGGUCCUGAGAUCACUCAGCUGGAGCGGAGUUUCCCCAGGGGACGGAGGGCUGCACCAAGAGGUAGGGAGAUCCCCAUCACUGCAAGUCUCCAUGCAGAAGAUGAAGGGCUUGGCAGAGCCCCAGGAGGACUACCUCCCCGAGGAGUACCGCCCACCACCACCAUUUGCCCCUGGAUACUGCUAG